AUGCAGGAACUUGUACAGAAGCAUCUAGCAGUACAGGAUUUGUCGAAGCUUAAGAUUGAGGAACUCACACCACUUACUCCAGAGGUUAUCAGUCGUCAGGCCACCAUCAAUAUUGGUACCAUUGGCCAUGUCGCUCAUGGCAAAUCAACAGUGGUGAAGGCUAUUUCAGGCGUACAAACAGUGCGAUUUAAGAACGAGCUUGAGCGUAAUAUUACAAUUAAACUUGGUUAUGCCAACGCCAAGAUCUACCGCGCAGAGAAUGGUGUCGGCAUUGGAUGUUAUCGCGCAUUUGGUAGCUCCAAGCCCGACCGAUUCGUCGACGAAAACGAUGACAAGUUGACGUGGGUGUUGCAGCGUCAUGUGUCGUUCGUAGACUGUCCUGGGCACGACAUUCUUAUGGCAACGAUGCUGAAUGGAGCUGCCGUAAUGGACGCUGCGUUACUGCUAGUGGCUGGCAAUGAAGUAUGUCCACAGCCGCAAACUUCCGAGCACUUAGCAGCUAUCGAGAUUAUGCGACUUCAAAAUAUUAUAAUUUUGCAGAACAAAGUGGAUUUGAUCAAAGAGGACGUUGCAGUGGCCCAGCACGAACAGAUAAAAAAAUUUGUUGCCGGUACCGUGGCCCAUGACGCCCCCAUCAUUCCAAUAUCAGCUGUGCUUAAAUAUAAUGUGGACGUAGUCUGCGAAUACAUUUGCCGCAACAUUCCCAUUCCCAAGCGCGACUUUACGUCCAAGCCUAAGCUUAUCGUCAUUCGUUCGUUUGAUGUCAACAAACCCGGUGAGGAUGUUGAGAACUUGAAGGGUGGUGUUGCGGGUGGCUCGAUUCUUGAGGGUGUGUUACGUGUUGGAGAUGAAAUUGAGGUGCGCCCAGGUAUUGUUAGCAAAGAUGAGGAAGGCAAGAUGACAUGCGUGCCCAUUUUCUCGCGUAUCGUGUCGCUAUAUGCGGAGAAGAACGACCUGCAAUUUGCUGUUCCAGGUGGAUUAAUUGGUGUCGGUACGCAAAUUGACCCUACACUUACGCGUUCAGAUCGGCUAGUAGGUCAAGUACUAGGACUUAAAGGCAGUCUUCCGCACGUAUUUACUGAGCUGGAAAUUAACUUUUACCUACUUAAGCGACUACUGGGCGUCAAGACCCAAGAGGGUAGCAAGGCGUCCAAAGUGCAGAAGCUUUCAAAAGCGGAAGUGCUUAUGGUCAACAUUGGAUCUACGGCUACUGGAGGCAAAGUGCUGGCGGUGAAGCAGGAUCUGGCCAAGAUUGUGCUUACGGUUCCGGUGUGUACGCAAGAAGGUGAAAAGAUUGCUAUUAGUCGCCGAAUUGACAAGCAUUGGCGUCUCAUUGGGUGGGGCCAAAUCCGACGUGGCAGCAGGAUUGAAAUUGCCGACGCUGAAUAG